AAAUAUUUCUGUUAAUUUUAGUCUGUAGUCAGCCUUCUCUUUGGUUCAAAAGCUAAGCUAACAGCUGACGUUGAUUUAGUAACCUAAAUAGUUAAGCUAGCGAAGUAGGUCAACAGUAAUCGUUCUGCCAGCUACGCUAGCGCUGUCUGGUCCGUUGUCCCGAAUUAGGUGAAUUAUCGCUAACAAAGUGAAGUGGACUGAAAAAUUGAAGUAGACAGGAGAGUGGCAUGGCAGAGAGAAUGGCAGAGAUGGAGGAAGACAUUGGGGAUCUGCCGGUCAGAGAGGAUGACAAUGACUCAGACAGAGACGAAGAUGACAGACUGUUUGCUUGGAUGGUAAAUGACGACAUGGAUGAGGACGAGGAUGAAGAUGAGGUGGAAGAGGUGGAGAAUGAACAGCCCUUAGACACUGAAGCAUCUGAGUCAUUUGAGUUGGACACCCCAGCUGAGCGCAGUGGUCAUAUAGCAGUUGUUGACAGAAAUAUCAUGUACGUGUGGGGUGGAUACAAGAAUGCUCAAAAUCAUGGAUUAUUUGACUUGUAUCUGCCGAGAAAUGAAAUAUGGAUGUACAACAUGGAGUCAGGUGUAUGGACAAAGCGUGUAGCAGGAGGUAACCUACACACAUCCAUGUCAGGCAGCUGUGGGGUGUGUGUUGAUGGAGUCCUUUACAUUUUUGGAGGUCAUCAUGCCAGAGGAAACACAAACAGGAUUUACUGCCUGCCCUUGAGAGCUCCAAGCCUUGUGUGGGAGGAAAUGAGCGAUCUGAAAGGACUCCCUCCAUCAUCCAAGGACAAGUUAGGGUGCUGGGUUCAGAGGAACAGACUUAUAUUCUUUGGGGGAUAUGGCUACGCUGCACAGGGACCUCAUCGAGGGACGUUUGAAUAUGAUGAAUCAUCUUCUCUUGUGUGGGACAGCCCUGGGCGAGGUUGGAAUAAUCACAUUCAUAUCCUGGACCUGGAGACAUAUACAUGGAGCCAGCCCAUCACCACAGGGAACACCCCGUCACCCAGAGCAGCUCAUGCCUGUGCCACAGUUGGUAACAGAGGCUUUGUGUUUGGGGGACGAUACAAGAACUACAGACUAAAUGACCUGUACUAUAUUGAUCUGGACACAUGGGAGUGGCAUGAAAUGAGCAUUCCCCAGCAGUGUCCCGUGGGCCGGUCUUGGCACUCCUUCACUCCGGUGUCACCAGACCACAUCUUCCUAUUUGGAGGGUUCACCACAGAUAGAGAGACACUAAGUGACGCCUGGCUGUACUGCGUGAGCAAAAACGAAUGGAAGCCUUUCAAACACAGUCACACACAGAGCCCCAGGCUGUGGCACACAGCAUGUGCUGGUCCUGAUGGGGAGGUGUUCGUGUUUGGGGGUUGUGCCAACAACCUGUUGUCUCAUCACAGAGCUGCUCACAGCAACGAAUUAUUGGUUUUCAAUGUUCAACCCAAAUCACUAGUUGGGUUCUGCAUGGAAGCCAUUCUGCAGCACAGGGAGCGUUUGUCUAGUUACUGGGACUGCCUGCCCAAACCUAUCCUGCACAGCCUCAAACAGAGGAUGGCACGUGUCAACACACUGGGCUCCUAGGCGAAGGGCAGCUAACAAUCAAGUCCAGUGUUACAGGAUCAUAUGUAUGUAUGGAAGAAAUGACUGUUUCUCUCGCAGCAGGUAGUCCUGUUAGAGCAUUAGUUGAGUGUGUGUGGACACUUGCAUACAUAAAACAAAAUCUUUAAGCAAUAGUGAACAGCUGUGGAUUUAUUGGAAAUGGAUCCUGACUGGCGCGCUAAGGUUCACAGGUGACCCUCAAAGCUAUUUAUGGAAGUUUAUCAACUGUUUAUUAUCCUGCAAAGCCAGUAGAACCUUCUGUGGAGUAACAACAGUGCUACCUGUUGUUAUCACAGCGUGUACGAGAGAGCAGAAGUCACUACACUACUUUCGGGUUAGCUUUCAUUCUGUUGUCCUUUGCUCAGCACCAUUUUUGUGCGUUUUUGUUCAUGAUUUCUUUCGUCAUCCCCUCUAAAAAGCUGAAUGUGAUAGCAUGGUUUUCUGUCCAUAUUGAUACAUAAAUGUAUAUUUACUUCCGUUCUAGAUAAGAAAAUUGUACAAAGAUUAGAGCUUAUUUUUGUUAAUGACUGCAGCUUCAAUGACUGUGCUUGUGGGGAGGUGUUGGUUUCAAAUACAAAGAAAAGUCGUUCUUUUUAUCUUUGUUAAUUAUUUAACAAAAUGACUUACAAUGUGGACAGAAAACCCUGACUCUCAUGUUUCAACUUUUCAGGAAGACUGCUGAAAGAAACCCCUAAGGCUAGUGAGGAAAAGAUAUAGUUUGAAAAGGUGACUGGGCUUUGUGCUUUAGCAAUGCCGUUUUCUCCUGAAGCUCACUGUGCAUCUUGUGGGUAUACUCAAGUGUAGAGGGCAGAGAUGUAAUUUUUAAAAUGGACAACACGUGCCAGUCGGAUGUUAGUGACUUUCACUGAUCUUCCUCAGAAAUCAACUUCUCCAUUGUCUUAACACUUAAUAUGAUGGUGCAAAGCUGAAACAGUUUUGUUUUAACACUACAGAUUGAUUUUUUUUUUUUAAUAUGGCCUGUUUCUUUAAUGAUUCCUACAACAGAUUUUUGGCACGGUCUCAAUUACAGACGUUUGCUUGAUCUUUGGUAGUUUGCUUAAAUUCUCAUGACCUAAAACUAGUGCUUUACGCUUCAGAUCAUCUAUGGAGCCACUGAAAUGUAACCUUUUAUUUUUAAUUUGUAUAUACAGUUAUUUAUAUAUUUGUGAGGAAAUGUGUGGGUUCUGUGUUCUCAAAGAGGCUUUUAAAAGCCUUUAAAUUGUUUAAAGUGGCUCCUGUAGAAUUGGAUUUUUGUUAAAUCAAUAACUUAAAAUUCUGGAAGUAUUGUGGAUGUUUAGCCAUGUUGCACUGAAAUGCCUGAUUGUUGGUAGGGCUUUGUUUGUAUUUGCCUGUUUUGCACAAUGUUCCCUUUGUGUUUUUUAUUGUAAGAUUCAUUGCACAGUGGUCCUUAAAAUAACAAAAUGACAAAAAAAAACCCAACCAAAUAACAUUAGAUUUCUUUUUCACUGUUACUCAAAGAAUAAACCAGAAAUUGUGUUCUGUGA